AUGGGUGAAAAUCUAACACAAUUCCAUUUCUUUGAGCCAGAGAAAUCAGAAAAACGAAUGAAUAAACCAAAAAAGAGAGAACCAAAUAUGUUUAUUUCAUACCGUAAGGAAAUGAUGAAACAUAAACCACCUAAUAUGCAAAUGACUGAAUACAGCAAACUAGUAUCAAAAUGGUGGCGUAACCUAUCAGAAGUAUUCACAAUAAUUUCUGAAUUAACGUAUAAAAAUAAAAAAUUAUCAUCUGGAUUAAUUGUUAAUAAAAUAAUCAUAAGUAUAAAUUGCGUUACCAACGAACGUCCAUGUGGUGAUCAAUUCAAUGUACUGGAUGAAAUUGUGAAUAUAUUUCAACAUUUUGGGUUGACGAUUAAUGUUAUGAGAGUGGAAUAUUUGAUAUUUCUUGAAACUUGA